AUGGCUGUCAAACUGUAUACCCAAUCUGAGGUGGCACGCCACAACAAUGCAAAGUCUUGCUGGGUCAUCUUUGACGGCAAGGUGUACGACGUGACCGAAUUCAUUCAGGACCAUCCCGGUGGUGACGAUCUUAUUCUGGACUAUGCUGGCAAAGAUGUCUCGGCGAUUAUGCGAGAUGUCUUGGAACAUGCCCAUUCCGAUGCAGCGUAUGAGAUUUUGGAGGAGUAUUGUCUCGGCACCUUAUCCCGCAACGAUGGUAACAGCAACAGCACCCUUCAAGGCGAGGAUGAAGAAGAAGAGGAGGAUUACACUCGUGAAGACUUCCAUCCCAAGGAGACCGACUUGGCACUUGAUGCAAAGAAGAAUCAGUUUUUGGAUUUGCGAAAGCCACUCAUCCCACAAAUGUUGCGAGGCAACUUUACCAAGGAGUUCUAUCUGGAACAAGUGCAUAAACCUCGAUACCUUCCCAAGCCUGCUCAAUUCUUUGGUCAUUGGUUAUUGGAGCCCUUGAGCAAAACGGCAUGGUGGGUAGUGCCCGUUAUCUGGUUGCCGGUGGUGGGUUAUCAUUUGAUGAAAUCGUUGGAGGACAAUAUGCCGGUUGUAAGCACGCUAUCAUUUGCUCUGGGUAUCCUCAUUUGGUCGUUGCUUGAAUAUGGAUUGCAUCGCUUCCUUUUCCACGUUGAUGAAUGGCUCCCUGAUCAUCAAAUGGCGUUCACUCUUCACUUUACUUUGCAUGGUUUCCAUCAUUAUCUCCCCAUGGAUCGCCUUCGAUUGGUCAUGCCACCUGCUUUGAAUGUAUUUAUUUCUUAUCCAUUGACUCGUCUUGGUCACGCAUUGUUCCCACCCGUGAUGGCUUAUGGUAUUAUCGCCGGCGGUUUCCUUGGUUACGUCUUGUAUGAUUGUGUCCACUACUACUUGCAUCACGCCAAGGUGUUCAAGAUCCACUUUAAGGAGAUGAAAAAGUAUCACAUGGCUCAUCACUACAAGGACUUCGACACGGGUUAUGGUAUCACUUCCAAGAUGUGGGAUUAUGUCUUUGGCACGGUGCUCCAAUACAAGGAUGAGUAA